AUGAAGAAGGCAAAGGCUAUAUAUACUCCAACAAAGGGGGAGACAAAUGAAGAGAUUCAUUCUGGCGUUGGUUUAUUGAAUCAUUCAGAUAUUCAGGUCAACGGGGACGAGGAGGCCAUCGACUUUGUGAGGGAAGUACAUCAUCAUCCGAAGAAUAAUGGCAAGCGUCAGGUCAUGAAAAUUGUUGGCCAUAUGACUGAUGUUUAUAUCACUGAUAAAGAUAUUUUGAAAAUAGCAAGGCUGGGCAAAAAAGUCGAAAGUGGGAUUAGAUCGCUAUUAAUUAUGUUUGAAAACGUGAAAACUAAAGAUUUCAUCAUGAGUAAUGUUUUUAAUGUCAAAUCGUUGGAUGAUGAAUUGAAGAGUGUUGUAAUUAGUAUGACCUAUCGGUUACAUGUUACAAUUCCGAAACUUCAAAUAAAAAUGUAA